CACCGGAAACUCUAGUUUUGUUAUUUGUCUUUUUUUUUUUUUGUAAAAGUGGAAAAAUGCGUAAUUUAAGGCUCACGUUAAGUUUUCUAAGAAGAAUAGUAAAUCAGGGGCCCAUUUUGAAUACCAGGACAUCUCUGCCGAACCCUGACAUCCUUAGGAGUAUUUCAAAUAUAACCAAAUCUGAUAGAAAAAUACCUGCAUGGAUUGAUGCAAGUGACCCAAACACCUUGAGCGAUUUAACGGACAGUUUUAUUGUGUACAAUGACUUUAUUUCAGAAGAAGAAGAAACUUCUUUAAUGAAUGAACUAGAACCUUACAUGAGACGUCUAAGAUAUGAACGAGAUCACUGGGAUGAUGCUAUUCAUGGAUAUAGAGAAACAGAGAGAAGACAGUGGAAUGCUGAGAACAAUAGUAUUCUCAAAAGAGUGUCAGAUAUUGCCUUUCCUCCUCCUACUCCUAAGCUAGCCUAUGUUCACAUUUUAGACCUUGAAAAAUCAGGAGUAAUAAAACCUCAUAUUGAUGCAGUUAGGUUUUGUGGCAACACAAUAGCUGGUUUGUCACUUUUGUCAACAGCUGUGAUGAGACUCACACAUGAUGAAGAUGAAUCAAAACGAGCGGACAUAUUGCUUUCAAGAAGAUCAUUGUAUAUUAUGAGAGAUAAUUCAAGGUAUCUUUAUAAGCAUGCUGUACUUGGUGAGAACGAGUCUGUGUUUAAUGGACAGAAAAUUGAGAGAGACAGACGAGUUUCAGUGAUUAUGAGAAAUGAACCUGAUAAAAAUAUUUCAGAACGUUAAUCAGUAUGAUGGACAGUUAAAUAUUAUAACAUUCUAUAAUUUAUUCUAUGAUUUUUUCCUACUUGAAGUAAGCAGAUUGAAGAUUCCAGAUAUACAACAUGUAUUAUUUAUAAAUAAAUAUAUAUUUGUCUUAACGAUAAAUUCCAAACUUUGGGUUUGAAAUGAUGAAAUGUUUGCAAAUAAAAUGGAUUGUAUUACAAAAUUGGUUUUGAGUUUGUUCAUGUUAAUCAAUCCAA